CUUCAUCUCAGACUCAAAGGAACUCAUUCAAACAAUCUCAAGAACAACACAAAGUCAGAAAUCGUCAGAGAUGGGGAGCAAUCAGUCAGUUCUACGAGACAAUGGCUACACAUUAGUGAGUGAACAAGAGAAUAAAACACUGGUGAAGAAUGAGAGUGGUGAUCAGUUUGUCAUUAAAAGCCUCAACGCUAACCAGGAUGAUGCCUCAAACUUUCUCCAAAAGCUCAAUCAUCCGCACAUAGUCGAACAUAAGAAAAUCAUCAAAGAUCGUGGCUGUCUGCAUCUCGUAAUGGAGCUCUGUGAGGGUGGAGAUCUCACUCACAUAAUCAAUCUCAAAAAGAAAAGAACUAUUGCAUUUUCUGAGAUUCUGGACUGGACUGUGAAGAUCUGCAUGGCAUUGAAGCACCUGCAUGAUCAAGAGAUCCUCCAUAAAAACCUGCAGCCCAAGAGUGUAUUUUUCACUGCAUGUGGAACCAUUCGUCUGGGAGAGUUUGGAAAGAUUCAUGAAUGGUCCACUGAUGCACAAACAACAAAAACUGAAGAUCUCUCAUACGUUGCACCUGAGAUUUUGAGAGGCGAAUCUUAUGAUGACAAAUCUGAAAUCUGGAGUCUGGGCUGUAUCAUCUAUGAGAUGUGCAUGCAGAAGUGUGCUUUUCCAGGAAAAAACACAAUUGAGAUUAUUUCAAAGAUACUGACCUGCUCCUAUGAAGCUCUGCCACUUAACUUCUCUGAGGAUCUUCGUCAGCUGGUAACAGACACACUUCAGAUUGAUCCAGCGAAUCGACCAUCUGUCAGUGAGAUCUUGAUGAGGCCUUUCAUUAUUAAACAUCUUUAUGAAAAGAGCACACAAACUAUUAAAGAGCUUAAUGUGCGUAAAAAUUGUGAAGACAUUCCAGAGACACCUAAUGUGUCUGAAGACAGUCAAGAGACACCUAAUGAGGCUAAAGUCAGUCUAAAGGUUCUGGAAGAGCUGGCUGAUGGUUUGGGGACAGUCUACUACAACACAACUGUUGGCAGUCUCACAGGAGGAGUAGUAGGUCUGGCUGGAGGAAUCACAUCUAUAGUUGGACUUAUUCUCACUCCUUUCACUCUCGGAGCCUCUCUGAUUGUAACAGGAGUGGGAAUCGGUGUGGCAGUCGCUGGUGGAGUAACAGCUGGUGUGAGCAAUGUAACAAAGGUGGUUAACCAGCGUUCAAACCGCCAAAAGGUCAAACUGAUCAUUGCCGAGUUACAAGAAAAAAUUACCUCCACAAUCUGCUGCAUCCAAAUCAUCAAAUAA